AUGCCGCUAUGCCUUACGUUUAUCGACUUGAAGAAAGUCUUUGACAGCGUUGAGACAGAAGCGGUAAUUGAAGCCCUGGGCAACCAGGGUGUUCCUACGCAAUAUACAAGGAUGCUUUGUGAGCUCUACGACAGCUUUACAACCAGAAUUUCACAAUUCGACGGCGGCUAUCUACAUCACCUCCGCUUUGCAGACGACAUCCUACUCAUAACACCGAACAUCGAGCAGGAGGAGCGAAUGCCGGCCGAGUUUGACAAUGCUUGUGGAAAGAUCAGCUUGAGGCUGAACCUAACGAAGACGAUGUUCAUGAAAAACGGACUGGUACCUGAUGCUCCUUUCACGUUAAACGGAACGAAUGUCUCCGAAUGCUCCAGCUAUGUGUAUCAAGGUCGGGAAGUCAACAUGAUGGACGAUCUAGCUCCAGAGCUGUGCAGAAGGAAACGCGCCGCGUGGGGAGCAUUUAAGAAUAUCGAGGGAGUAGUGAAGAAGACAAAGAACGUCUGCCUUCGCGUUCACCUUUUCGACACUGCUGUUCUUCCUGCUUUGACCUACGCAUCAGAGACUUGGACUCUACGAAAGCAGGAUGACCGUGCUUUCAGCGUUGCUCAUCGCGCUUUGGAGAGGACGAUGCUCGGAAGUUCCCUGUACACGCAAGUGCAGAAGGAAAUCCGGAGUUCCAAACUCCGUCAACGAACGAAGAUCAGGGAUGCCGUUGUCUACGCCAGGAAAGUUCAGGUUGGCCGGACACAUUAUGCGAUAUAG